ACAUAAAAAUAUCUUUAUACAAACGAUUUUGUAAAAACGAAUCCAAUACAAACAAUUAGUACUAUAAAGGAGCCCGUUACUGCUCUAUCUUCUCUCUGUUUUGUUCCUAUUGAACAGAAGAUGUUCGACAAAAUGCCAUAGAAGGAGGCGCAAAUAGCUACUAUCAAUGGCAAUGCUUUCAACAGUUAGAAGAAGCAUUGUUUUCUCAAUCCCAUUAGCCAAACACUCAUUAUCCUCUUCUUCUUCCUUUCCAUUGUCUUCUUCUCCGCCACCACGAUCCUCAGAUGAAAAUUUAGUCUCAGCCACCGUAACAAUCCUCAAACAUCAUCGUUCAAAAUCACGAUGGUCCGAGAUUCUUUCUCUUGCUCCUCCCAAUUCCUCCUGCUUCACUCCCUCCCAUGUCUCUCAAAUCAUUCUUCAACUACGCAACACACCUCAUCUCGCUCUCCGUUUCUUCAACUUCACCAUCCACCACUCCAUUUGCUCUCACUCUCUUUCUUCCUACGCCACCAUCAUUCACAUACUCUCCCGUUCCCGCCUCAAGUCUCAAUCCCUACAGUUAAUUAAAUCCGCCAUUCGUAAAUUCCCGGAUUCAGCUAACCCAAGCCCAAACCCACCCCGGAUUUUUGAAAUCUUGGUGAAGACUUAUAGGACUUGUGAUUCGGCUCCCUUUGUGUUUGAUUUGUUAAUUAAAGCUUAUUUGGAUUCUAAAAAGAUCGAUCUUUCUGUUCAGAUUGUGAGAAUUUUGGCUUCCAAGAAUAUUUUUCCACAUGUUGUUGUAUGCAAUUCUUUGAUUGAGUUGAUUGCAAAAAGUCGAGGUCCUUUUGCUGCUUAUGAUAUGUAUAAGGAAAUCUUUAAUGGCAAGGAGGUAAAGGGUGUGAUGGAGAAUGCUUAUACGUUUGACAUUCUUAUGCUUGCUUUUCAUAGAGAAGGGGUGGUGGAGAAGGUUGAGGAUGUUUGGAAGGAAAUGAUGGCAAAAAAUUGUUCUCCAAAUGUGUAUAGUUGUAGCGUUUUGAUGGCCGCGUAUUGUGAGGAUGAAAGGAUGGAGAAUGCCAUGAAAGUUUGGGAGGAUAUGGGUGACAAAGGUUUGAUGCAUGAUAUUGUAGCUUAUAAUACCAUAAUUGGGGGUUUUUGUAAAGUUGGAGAGGUUGAUAGAGCUGAGGAGUUUUACAGGGAUAUGGUCUUCAAUGGGGUGGAAUGUACGUGUGUUACUCUUGAGCAUCUCAUAAAUGGACAUUGUAUGAGCGGAAAGGUUGAUGCUGCGUUAGUCUUGUAUAAGGAUAUGUGUCGGAAGGGCUUCAACCCAGAGAGUUCAACAAUAGGUGUACUGGCUGAGGUGAUCUGUGACAAAAGUGGAGUUUUUGAGGCCUUGGAAUUCGUGAGAGCUGUAAUAAAGAAACACGAUGUUGCACCAAGGAAGACAACGUAUGAACUUCUGAUACGGAGGUUGUGUAUGGAGGGGUGGAUGGAGGAAGCUCUGAAACUUCAGGUGGAAAUGGUGGGGAAGGGAUACGCACCAAAUUUUGAAAUAUAUAGUUCUUUCAUUGAUGGGUACGUCAAGCAAAGAGAUGACAUAAAGGCUGAAGCUUUAAGGAAUGAAAUGCUGAGUAAGAUACCAUGUAAGGACAGCUAGAAGUUUGUAUGAGAUGCAAAGUUUUGACAAAUACUUAAAUCGCGACUUCUGGCUAUGCGGUUAGGAAAAGACAAGGCGAUGUUGCCAAAGAGCAAGUUUGUUAAUAAAUCAAAGCAAGGAAUUCUCUCGAGGGCGUCAUGAUUGAUCUGAUAUGAGCACUACAUUCUUGCUGAAACACUUCUCUCCCAUACCGUUGGGGAUCUUAUGAUGAUUUUUGCUACUCUUCAACUAGAUAAUGAAUUCAAGAAGAGUACCUUCAUGAUGAUGGUACUUCUCUAAGGACAUUGAAAUGGUCUAUGAAUAUGAGCACUACCUAUCUUCUCGAGGAGUUCUCCCCACAGGUAUAAUAUUAAACGUGCACCUGUAUUUUAAGUUGCCCGUGGUAUUGCCAAUUUUGCAAAGUGUGAAUCAAGAGCAUACACUCAAGGAAGCAAGACAGGAAAGUCCCUCCUUAUUGAAGAUGGAAUCCUUCCAUGGAUUGUACGGAAUGCUAACAAUGAAGCGUCGCCAAUAAGGCGCCGUCAUAUUGAGCUGGCACUCUGUCAUCUAGCACAACAUG